CGGCCCAACGUUGCCUUACCUUCCCUCAGUCCCGGCAGGCGGCAGGCGGCCAUGCCGUUGAGCUUUCCCAAGUUUUCUGGUCUUCGUCUUUCCUCACACACGCCACCGCAUCUGUUGGCACACGCCACCAGCCAUGAAUCGUACAGCCCUAGCCUUGCUCAAUGGUUGAUUAAGCUUCGGCACGCCAAGAUCCGAAGCCGCCAUUCCUCUUUCCCAAGCCCAAUCCCAUCUUUGGAUCGAAGAACGAGCAACGAAAACGAUAAUGGUGGUCGGCUUCUAAGGAACAGGUUCUGUGUUGAACACUCAGACGAAGUCGAGUUUGAAAACAGAGAGGAAAACAAGGUUGGGGAUGACGACGGUAAUGAACAAGGAACGACGACGGCUGCGCCUGGAGGAAUGGUCGCAGAGAGGGUGGAUGAACAACAAUCGAACAAUAGGAAAACAAUAUGUGCCCACAAUCAACGGCAGGUUCAAGUCAUCCAACAUGUGCCGAUUAAGAAAAAAGAUGCUUUUAAUAGCUCUCUUGAAAUUGUUCAAGAUAAGCCGUUGGCAGCAGUCUACUCUCUAAUUGCAGCUCCAAAGCAACUCAAGCGAGAGAUAAAGAGGAAGACAUGAUCGACAUGAAAAAGUGGUAUGCGUGAAUCUCUUUUAACCGCAGCUCCAAAACAACUCAAGCGAGAGAUAAAGAGGCAUACAUGAUCGACACAACAGCGGGCAGUUGCGGCCAUUUGAAGGCGUCGAGACGACAUCGGCAGUCAAGGGCUAAUGUUGGGUAACAAAGAGAACUGAAUGGAAUUUUGGCUGGGGAAACCAUUUGUCAUUUGGCCCUUGCAGGUUUUUACCUGUUGAUCCUUUUUGUCUUGCUGAUUAUGUGUACAAACCUAGGGAGAAGAUUCAUUCAUCAAUCAAUCCCAAUGCCUUUUGAAGGAGAACGACAAGAGCAACUAGCGAGGAAGUGUUCAUCAUUAUCAAAUGUAUCUUCGUAAAUGAACUUAGUAGCCAAGCAAACUAAUUGAGCUCUUGACGAUGUGGUUUGGAGAGAGCGAAGCUAAUGUCAGGGAAAUCUUUCACAAUGGUGGACAGGCUGCACCAUGUGUCCUUAACUCGGAGAGGAGAGAGGAGGCAGUGUUGGAGAUAUAGAUCCUAAUGUUGUCACUAUAGCUGCUGCUGGGCUUGCUCUUGCUGACGAAUGAGUACAAGUGAGAAGGAGGAGUAUAUUAUUUUUCCUGCUGUUGGACUAACGUCUAACUGAACCAGGAGUGUUUAAAUUAAGAUAAUAUGUGGGUUAGACUUUCAGUAUUUGCUAUGAUCUUUUAGUUAGUUUGAUUCAUCUGCUAAGAGUUGUGUUAUUUUGUGGACUCUAGAAGGGAAGAGCUGGUUCUCUUCAUUAAGCAUUGAUUUAUAUAAAUGACUAAGAUUUCGUUUAAUACCAUAGUGACAGAUUGAGAGUUCACCUCUUAUUCGGUUACUUCCACUAUUGUAAUUUUCUUUAGGAUGAAGAGAACUAUAGUGAGUUCCUCCUACAUAUUUAUAAAAUUACUUUAGUUUUGUUGGGUAUGGAUAGAUGAUGAAUUGAUAACAUCUUCUCUUUUGUAAAAGGAUUGCUCG